CGACUGCAGUUGGAGCUGCCACCAGCACCAGCAUCUCCAAAGAGCUCCAGCCUCGUUCCCGCAUUCCACCGCGACUCGCUCAACGCAUCGACUGAAACGAAGCGCCUCGUACUUUUGUCGUCGCUCUGUUUAUUUGCAUAUUACUGCAAUCUAGUCUGUACUGCCCGGAGCACCACCGCCCAAAAUGGUCCUCGAGGCGGUGAUGGUUGUCGUGGACAACAGCGAGAGCAGCAGAAAUGGCGACUACCAGCCGACUCGGUUCGACUCACAAGUCGAUGCCGUCAACGUUCUCUUCCAAAGCAUCACGCAAGGCAACCCGGAGUCUUCGGUUGGGCUGAUGAGCAUGGGCGGCAAGGGUCCCGAGGUCCUGGUGACACUUACCACAGAGCAGGGCAAGAUCCUCGAGGGCCUGCACCGGACGAAGAAGAAGAUUGGCGGAUCGUCGCACCUGAAGACGGGGAUCCAGGUUGCUACGCUCGCCCUCAAGCACCGUCAGAACCGAUCCCAACGACAGCGCAUAAUAGUCUUCAUCUGCUCGCCGAUUGAGGAAGACGAGAAGGAGCUCACACAGCUCGCCAAGAAGAUGAAGAAGGGCAACAUCUCGGUCGACUUCAUUCUGUUCGGAGACCUCGACGAUGAUGACACGCAGAAGAAGCUGCAGGCCUUCAACGAUGCUGUCAAGGGCAGUGAGGGCUCGCACCUGGUUGUCAUCCCGCCAAGCAGCAAGCUUCUCAGUGACCAGCUCGUCGCGACGCCGAUUCUCUUGGGCGAGAACGCCUCUGGUCCCGGCGGCGCCGGCGGCUCUGGCGGCGGUGGCGAGGAGUUCGAGUUCGGCUUCGACCCGGCGCUGGAGCCUGAGCUGGCACUGGCCCUGCGCAUGAGCAUGGAGGAAGAGAAGGCGCGCCAGGAGAAGCGCGCGCGGGAGGAGGAGGAGGCAGCCAAGAAGGCGUCGCUGGAGGGUGUCAAGGAAGAGGACGAGGCCGGCGGAAGCGGAAGCGGCGCGCAGAACGGGGACAAGAAGGACGGCGGGGAUAAGAUGGACACAUCGUGAGAGAACAACUGCGACAGUGUUGCGUCUAGCUGUACAAUAGAUGGCGGGAGCACAUCACCGGGGUAGAUAGAUAUACAGUAUGCCAUGACGACCGCAAGACGUCCGGCCCUGCGCCAUGAGACACCAUCGACUACGCCAAGUCCGACAUAGCUAGAAUGCGAUCUAUUACCGGUUGUUUAUCUCUCUAAUAUACGACA